AUGACUUUGCUGCUCAGUGACUGUGACUACCCUCUUCGGUGUGCCAAGCUCUCUUCGCCGUCGAGCACUCGGCUCAACCCAACCAUGCAUCGUCUCCAGCCCUCAUUGCCGCUUGAUCAUGUGGCCGAUCUGCAACGUCUACUGCAACCAGCCCUUCGCAACGCGCUCUCCAACACUUCGCCCAACCUGUCCCUUGCACCGAUCGCACGGCGUGACGAUGAUGGCUCCGAUUGCCAUGACACUUCCAACGCUUUACACACCGACUUCGAGGGUGACGAUGACAAGGGCGCCUGUCACGAAGCUGGAGCUGAGGUGAGACUGUUGAACCGAUACAGUUCAACGGAUCGUCGAGAGAAGACGACACUCGUCGAGAGUGUUGAAGACCCAGUCGGGAUGUCGGUCGAUCGGAAAAGGGGUAACGGACUCUUGACGUGUAGGGCUUGUGCUCGACCCCUCUUGACGACACGUUUCAUCCUCACACUUCGCCGUCCCUGGAACCGACAGCUUCAUUCGUCAGGUUCGGCCAGAGGUGGACUUUUUGAGGUGAUGAUGCCGGCAUUGCACACAAGUCGUCUGGGCAAAUCGGAUGCUGGAAAGACGGUUGCAAAUGCCAAGACUGAGACUGUUGGUAUUGCCAGGCAAAUGGUGCUCUUUUGUGGGACGAUGGAAAGAGACCGAAACAUUCCCUCCUGUCAGGAGGAGGAAGAUGCAGUGAUCAUGGCAUCAAGGUCACAGCGAACUAGGUCUAAAGGUGGCAGAAAACGGAGGGCUUACAUGGCAGAAAUGAAGGAAAAGGAUCGUCUAAGGGGUGUACAGUCUGGAGGCGAGCGAGGUUACGGCGAAAAGAGACCCAAAACUGAGGCGGAUGCGGCAGAAUGGGGAAAAAAUUGGCCCGACACCAAAUUGAGGACUGGAAAAAGACAUAAACCGGACGCUCAGCUUCAGCUGUCUUGCCAGGAAUUGAAGGGGAACGAUGACAAAUUGGACGCAAAAGCAAGCCGAGAAUGUGGCUUCUGUAGACAACCAGCAAUCAGCCAAACGAAUAGGUUAAAGACGGUCCCGUUUAUUGUCAAGGCCGUUGAGGAGGUGAGAGCUAGAAACAGCAAAGAAGAGGUACUGCAUGUGGAGCACUUCUUCGAGGCUAGACACGAGAGGGAGGAGAUGAAAAAGUUUGGUGAGCACACGGAAGUUAGGACCUCUUCGUUGCAGGAGGCUGGAGAAUGUGAUGACAAGGAAGAGGAGGAGAUAGAAGAAGAAGAGGAAGAGGAGGGUGAGGAGGGCGGCGAAGAAGUAGAAGAUGAAGAUAAUGUUGAAGAAAGUGAUAAUAUUGACGACGAGGAUGAGGAAGGAAAAAAAAUGGGGUUAUCGGAUGAAGAGGGCUUUUCCAAUACCAGCCUGGGUCGCAUUCCUUUUACAAAAGACCCAAUUGUUCUGCCCGACGGUAUUCCCAAUCAUGAUACCACACUCUUUCAAAAUGGUAACGAAGACGUUGCUUGGGGACCUGACGGAGCGGUGAACGAGGCCAAUUUGAGCAGGGUUGGCACCAAUCACAAUCUCGGCUCUGUCAACACUCCCUUGGUCGAUGUUGACUUCGGUGCUUGCCCUGCAGUGGGCGAGAUGACCAAAUGCUCAGACCUGGUCGAUCAAACGGCUCAAGAAGAAGAAGUGGGAUUCCAUCCAGGUUGCCUGACUUGCGCCAACUGCCGUGUGCAAAUGGACCAACCAAAUCAGCCCUGUUGGUACCAGAAAGGUGGUCAGGGAGUUGUCUGCAGUGAAUGUCGGCACAGGUAA